GAAUCAAGUGGACACAAAAAAUUGCCUUAUAAUUUCAUUAUAUAAGUUACACCACUAGAUACUUUUCAGUGUACAUAAAAAUGGAGGAAUCGUUGGAGAAUCUUAUUUCUUAUAUGGAAAUGGAAGAUGAAGUGAUGGAUCAAAGCAGUAACACAUUUAAUGAGCAAGAGUUUCUCAAAGAUAUCAUUCUUGAAGAACCAGAAUGUGAACCUUUUUCUUAUCUUUGUUCCAAUGAAAUCCAACACAACAGUUCCAUUUCUGCAGGAAAUAUUAACAUUGAAGUUGGUGUCACUAGUCCCACAAAUAGUAUUUUGUCCUUUGAUCAUGAUAUUGAAGCAAUCCACAAAAGUUAUAGUUCAAACUCUAUAAUUUCUUUGGAAAGAUCGUGUGUUAACGUUGGUUCUCCAGCUACAUACCUUUUAUCUUUUGAUAAUUCAAGUGUUGAACCGAUUGUUGAACCAAUGUCAAAUAAAAGAAGGAGUGUGAAGAAAGAUGAAAGAAAGGUGAAGGAAGCAACAAAGAGGGUUAGAAGGUCUUGUGAGACUGUGCAAGAUCAUUUGAUGGCUGAGAGGAAAAGGAGAAGGGAGUUGACUGAGAGUAUUAUAACUCUUUCAGCUAUGAUUCCUGGCUUGAAAAAGAUGGACAAGUGCUAUGUACUUAGUGAAGCUGUGAAUUACACAAAACAGCUUCAAAAACGGAUUAAGGAGUUGGAGAAUAAUCAAAACAAAGAUAACAUAGUGAUUAAUCCAGCAAUAUUCAAGUGGAAAUCUCAAGCUUCAUCAAACAAAAGGAAGUACUCAGAAUCACUACUUGAGGUUGAAGCUAGAAUGAUGAAAAAGGAAGUACUUGUUAGAAUUCAUUGUGAGAAGAAAAAGGACAUAGUGCUCAAAAUACAUGAGUUGCUUGAAAAUUUCAAUCUCACUAUAACCAGUAGUAGUGUAUUGCCAUUUGGUGCUUCAGUUCUUGUAAUUAACAUUUUUGCUCAGAUGGAUGAAGAAGACAGCAUAAGCAUGGAUGAGCUUGUGAAAAAUCUGAAAAAAUAUCUGUUGGAGGUAUGUGGGAAUCAAUAAUGAUCCGUUCUAGUGCAUCAAAAUAAAGGAGUUCUCCAUUUGUGAUUAUAAUAAUGGAAUGAAGAUAUUUUGGAGAACCAGUUCUACUUUGGUUGAUUGGUUUGUUUUCUUGUGUGUCACAUGAAAAAAAGAUGUUGUGAGCUUGUUUGUUUAUUCAAAUGCUAUACUUACUAAAAAGUUUCCUUUAAAUUUACUUUUGCAUAAUAUGAAGGAUUUAAAAUU